AUGGUAUCUAAGCAAAAAAUCGAGAAGAACGCCGUAAAGGAGAUAUUGAAUAAAAUGGUGUAUAACAUCGAAUGGGUGAUUCCGAAGUUAAGGGGCCCUUCGACCAUUUGGAAAAUCGCCAGUACUAUUACGAUAGUAGCGGUCGGGCUUUUUAGCAAACUUUUAAUCCGUAAUAAUAUAUUAAAUAGAACCAAAGUACACAAUAGACAUAUAAUAACAAAUGCUUUACAAAAUAGGCCUAAACGAGUUCCUUUAAUUACAGUAUCAAAUCACCAUUCAUGUUUUGAUGAUCCUGGGAUAUGGGGUACUUUGAAAUUAUCGCAUUUAUUAAAUCCUAAAGUAAUAAGAUGGUCUUUAGCCGCUCAUGAUAUAUGCUAUACGUGCGCCCAACACGCCUAUUUCUUCAGCUUAGGCAAGUGUAUACCCGUAGUAAGAGGCAACGGAGUGUACCAGGAAGCUGUGGAUUUUUGCAUCGAACAACUCGCUGAGGGUAAUUGGGUGCACGUUUUUCCAGAGGGCAAAGUGAACACCACGAAAGAAAAUAUAAGACUGAAAUGGGGCGUGGGUAGGAUGAUAUACGAAUCGCCGGUGACUCCCAUCAUCAUACCGAUCUGGCACAUCGGUAUGGACGACGUGCUGCCGAACGAGCCGCCUUACAUACUGAAAUUCGGCAAGAAAUUGACGUUCAACUACGGCCAGCCGUUGGAUUUGAGCGACAUGAUCGCCAAGCUGAAGGACCAGAAGGCCAGCGAGGAGGAGGCCAGGAAGCGCAUAACGGAUUUCCUGCAGGAGACGCUGCUGAAGUUGAAAGAACAGACCGAGGAGUUACAUUCGAAGAACUUCAAAGUGAAGUCAUGA